GGCAAAUUGCCACACGAGACCUCAAUCAACACACGAAAAACAGAGAUGCGUAGAGCCUUGAACUUCAAUCUUUUGUAAAAUUCAAUAAUUGCAACUUUCUUUAAAAACUGGUUUUUCGUCGUCCAGAUGCACUUAUCUGGCGGAAGGAUAAGUGCUUACUCACCACAUGUCUCUCCCCUGCACGUCAUCCAUCACCAAAUAAAACAAUUGGAAUUGGAAAAUUUUACCUUUUUUGCAACCUACCGACGUCUUGAUGAAAAGUUUACGCCAUCCGUGGAGUAGUUGGACUACCCUGGUUUCAGGGAACCUUCGCAGUACUCGCUUGCUUUUUGAGCCAAUGGUAACCACAAGUGUCCAGAAGAAAUGGGACUUGCAGGGGCAGAAAUGGACCUCGUCUCAUACUCAGGCGAAGAACAAGGGAUUGUCUGCACCUUGCUGCAGCGCUGGGGGUGGAAGUGAUCCUGGAAAUAAAAGGCCAGUCCCUACGGCGAGACUUGUUCCAUAUAUUGUGAACAAUCUUCCCACGAGCCAAGCGCUUCACCAAGUUUCUGAUAAGGCGCCAUCGACAUCCGCAGGGGAAAUAUCGCAGCCAAGUUUCCACAAAUCGCAUGGACUUGAAUCUCUCCCUGCUGCGGAUCUAAGGUCCUACCUUAAAAAGGCGUAUGACGAUGCUCUGCACUAUUGCAAAUCCAAGAAACUUCCUGACGACGUGGAUCCUACCGCCGUAUUUUCAUGUAACAGACUGGACCUUAGGAAUAUUGACGUAUACGGAUUCGACUAUGAUUACACGUUGGCCUCGUACACGCCAGAGUUGGAACAACUAAUUUAUGACCUGGGGAAGGAAGCGCUGCUAAAAAAUUUUAAGUACCCCGAGGCAAUAAAGGAUCUCCAGUACAAUCCUAAUUUUGCUGUUAGAGGAUUACACUACGAUAUUCAACACGGCCUACUUCUUAAAGUCGAUAGUUUUACUCAAGUUCAGCUCGGUUGUGUUUAUAGAGGUCUCACGCCAGUUUCGGACGACGAAGUUUUGGAAAUUUAUCAGGGAAGAAGGUUACCUGCCACGUAUGUCGAGGUCCCCAAUCAGUAUCAUGACCCAAAGGCUAUGAAAAUGAUUCAGCUCGCAGAUCUCUUCUCCGUACCGGAAAUGAAUCUACUUUGCAACGUUGUUGAAUACUUGUAUCGAAAUAAUAUUGAUUACCAUCCACAAAGUUUGUUUUGGGAUGUCAAAGAGUCUGUACAAAGUAUCCAUCCCCUGAUGCACCAAGUCGUUGAGAAGGACCCAAAAAAAUAUUUAGAGUAUCAUCCCCUUCUCCGCGAAUACUUGGUUACUCUCAAGGAUAGCGGGAAAAAAGUAUUUUUGAUAACAAACAGCCCUUAUCAAUUUGUAGACAAAGGCUUGCGUUUCAUAGUUGGGGAAGAUUGGCAGCAACUUUUUGACGUCACGGUUGUGAGUGCUCGCAAGCCUCACUUUUUCUCAAACGAUAACAUUCCGUUUCGUCGUUACGACCCGGACAUGGGGCGAUUGUGGGACAGGGUCAACUCAUUUGAACCAGGGCACAUCUAUUACGGAGGAACUCUCAAGCAGUUCCAACAACUCACAGGGUGGAAAGGAGACAAUGUAGUAUACUUUGGCGACCACGCCUACACUGAUCUCGCCGACGUGACGUUGCAUCACGGCUGGCGAACGGGGGCCAUAAUUAAAGAACUAGAGUACGAAAUCGAGACUUUGAAUUCACCAGAUUUCAAGUAUGCAAUGAACUGGUUGCAAUUUCUGACAUCCUUGCUGGAGACGUAUCAAGACCUCGACAAUCCUGAAGUCCAAGACAUUAUCAAAGAGUGGCAGUCAGAGCGUCACAUUAUUCGAAAAAAGACCAAACACAUCUUCAAUCAACAAUUUGGCAGCUUAUUCCGAACCCAUUUAAAUCCUACCUUCUUCUCAAAGCGACUUUUCAGAUUUGCCGACAUUUAUACCUCAUCAGUCACCAAUCUCAUGAAAUAUUCCCAGCGACACACCUUCUACCCGCGGAGGGGGGCUCUGCCACACGAAUACCGUUCUUGGUUUAAUUAGACGCUUCUAUAUUACACCAACUUGAUUGUUUAGUGAUCUUCAAUUGAUCUAGCAGGGAAAAAAAUUACGUCAUGAUAAUGAUUAGCCUAGCUGAUAUCUAAUGUAGGCUAUUAUAGUUGCCUUAUAACUCGCAAAAAUUGUCAAUAAUCUGGAUGGUGUUAAAGUUUGCUAGUGAUUGUACAUAGUGAGGAAAUUAUAGUGGACAAUAAUGGUGUGCUAUUAAUACAUACGUAUAGAGUGGAUUGUAUCGAAAGCUUCCAAUAGUGGCCAAUUGUGCUAUAGAAUUUGAUGAUUAUAUAUUAGUGAGCAUUAUUGUUAAUUUUAGAAUGAGAAGUCUUAAAAUAUUGACGACUGAUUAUGUGUUCAAAAGUAACUGAUUUGCUUGCCAGAUGCAUAAAUAUUUCCAUACAUUAACUAAUUUGACAAAAGUGAUUAUCUGUUUCUGAAUAUUUUAUUGUCAGUUAGUAAUAAUAAUACAGCCGAAUAUAGCUAAAUAAUCAAUAUA